AUGCAACGUAAUAUGAUACGAAUUCAAGAAGUUGCGGACUAUUUGUCAUUACCAAAGAAGAUUGUGGAGAUUGCUCUUGACAUAUACGCCGAGGCAGAGAAACAAGGAGUCAACAUGAGAGGAGGAGAACGAGAGAGUAUGGCUGUCGCAGUUCUUUUUAUCGCGUGUAGGAAGGCUGGCAGCGCUCGGUCAUUAAAGGAAUUUGAAGACGCUUCAGGAAUCCCGAAGCGUCGUAUUGGCAAGUCAUUUAUGAACUUGCAGCGUUGUUUAGAUCUCGAGGUUAAACAGGCCACCACAGAAGAAUAUGUCCAACGCUUUUGCUCGAAAUUGGGGCUUCCGAACAAGACCCAAAUAAUUGCACACACCGUAGCAAAAAAGGCAGAUAGUCUCGAAUUGUCGAGAGGGCAAACUCCAGUUGCUGUGGCAGCUUCGGUGAUUUACUUGGUGGCAGCGUACACAAACUCAAAGCGCUCAAUUCAGGAGAUUAGUGAUGUUACGUUGAUUGGCGAAAAGAGUGUUAAAAGGAAUUUGAUUGCUGAAGAAAUAAUACCUGAAAGACGUGAUUGGCUUAGUAGAAGACCUUGGGGUCGCAAACCUACCUAUUUGCACGGCAACGACAAUGCAAUAGAGAAUAACGAUGAAUGA